UGCCAGGACUUGGGCGAUUACAAGAGCGGGAGCUCCACCCACUUUCCCCUAGGGCACUGCAGGAGAAAGUUUUUAGGAAUUGACUUGCGACCUGAAUGCUGAUCUCGGCAAGAUAGAAUAAAUCCAAGCUAGGGCUACAGCUUCAGCGAACAAUUAGGAAUCCAAUUUAAAUAACGCAGUCUUACAGCGGGCCCAAGUGAUUUCUAACUUCAGAGGGCGGGGCCAAGGGUAGCGCCGAAGCUGUUUCCGGCCUCCGACCGCUAGGAGGCGCUACCUUAUAACAAUGGAGCAUGUCUAGCAAGUCUGGGAGGGGCAGAGUAUUACGCGAUGUUUGGCGACGGCGCAGUCUUGAUUGCUACCAGUUCCCCACGUGUGUUUUAGAGUUGGGGUAGUGAACACCAUGCCCAAGAUCAAGGCAUCUCGUAAGGCUGGAGGGCAGGCAAAACAUGCCCCGUUGGCGGACCAGAUCUUGGCAGGGGACUCCGUACAACCCGGAGGUCGGGAGAAACGGAGGAACCGAGGCCGCGAGACGGAGGAAGAAGAGUACGUGGGGCCCCGGCUGACCCGGCGGAUCCUGCAGCAGGCGCGAGAGCAGCAAGAGGAGCUGGAGGCUGAACAUGGGUCGGGUGACAGGACAGCUCCGAGAAAAUUCACUACGAAGCUGGGCCCAGGAGCCCAGGUUGGUGAAUCAGAUGGUGAGGAUGAGGAUGAAGAGUGGCCAACCUUGGAGAAGGCAGCAGAAAUGGUGGGAUCAGGCUAUGACUCGGAGGUAGCUGUUAAUCCUGAAGAUGAGCGUGCCAUUGAGAUGUUCAUGAACCAGAAUCCUCCACUCAGGCGAACACUGGCAGACAUCAUCAUGGAGAAAUUGACAGAGAAGCAAACAGAAGUGGAAACUGUUAUGUCUGAGGUAUCAGGCUGCCCUAUGCCCCAGCUGGACCCCCGGGUUCUUGAAGUGUACAAGGGUGUCAGAGAGGUGUUAUCCAAGUACCGGAGUGGCAAACUUCCGAAAGCAUUUAAAAUUAUUCCUGCUCUCUCCAAUUGGGAGCAGAUCCUCUAUAUCACAGAACCAGAGAGCUGGACUGCAGCUGCCAUGUACCAAGCCACCAGGAUAUUCUCAUCCAAUCUGAAGGAUAGGAUGGCUCAGCGCUUCUACAACUUAGUGCUCCUUCCUCGUGUGCGGGAUGACAUUGCUGAAUACAAACGCCUUAAUUUUCACCUCUACAUGGCACUCAAGAAAGCAUUGUUCAAGACUGGGGCAUGGUUCAAAGGGAUCCUGAUACCUCUCUGUGAAUCUGGUACUUGUACCCUUCGUGAGGCCAUCAUUGUGGGCAGCAUCAUCACCAAGUGCUCCAUCCCUGUUCUGCACUCAAGUGCAGCUAUGCUGAAAAUUGCAGAGAUGGAAUACAGUGGCGCCAAUAGCAUCUUCCUACGGCUGCUGCUGGACAAGAAGUACGCAUUGCCCUUCAGAGUACUGGAUGCCUUGGUCUUCCACUUCUUGGCCUUCCGGACAGAGCAGCGAAAGCUGCCUGUGCUUUGGCAUCAGAGCCUGCUGACCCUGGCUCAGCGCUACAAAGCUGAUCUGACCUCAGAACAGAAAGAGGCCCUGCUAGAGCUUCUUCGCCUACAACCCCACCCAGAGCUGUCCCCUGAAAUCCGGAGAGAGCUGCUCAGUGCUACUGCCCGUGAUGUGGAAGAACCUUCUAUGAAUAUGGACUGAGGUUCUUAAGGAUUUGCUUCCCCGGUUUGGUAGAGAAAGAGAUGACACAAGAACUGUUUUAUGAUCUUUUUUCAUGGCUCCUAGGACUGUGCUACUUGGGGGCAUCUACAGGACAAAACUAAAAUGCUUUGAUCUCCCUGAUUAGACUUGAAUUAUGGUGGCUAAGUGCCUGACAGAACUUUUUCAGGUCCUAUUCUGUUUUAGAACCUGGCAAGUACUGUUAUACCCUGACUAGGUUUGUCAUGGAAGAAGUAGUUAGUGGCUGAAGCAAGUGGGUGCUAGAUGUGAACACCAAAAAAAGCUGUGUAUUUAUUUCAUUUGUCACAUUGUCUUUGGGCUAGAUUCUUCCUACUUUUCUCCCCUUAACAAGCUUUAACUAACAACAAGGUGUCCAUGAAGUGAGAAUAAUACUAAAAUAAGGAUAAUAGUGAGACUAGAACACUUUUUCACUUUUUAGUCACAGAAUUUUAGCAUUGGAGUGGACCUCAAUGGCCAUCUGGUUUCUGUGAUAAGUGGCCAUUGACUUCAAACCAGCUUUCUGGUCAGCCUCUUCCACCUCACGACACAUACCUUAAAUUUGUUUCUUUGUAGCUUCCAACCAAUUCUCCUGCUUGCACAGUGGAGCCAAGAAGUAAGUCUAAUCUUCCUUCCACAUAACAGCCCUUUCAAACAGCCCUUUUAAGUACUUUUGAAGAUAACUCUGCCACCUUCCUUCUAAGUAUAUCCUUCCCUUUUUCAGGAUAAACAUUCCUUAUAAUUUCCAUUAUUUUAAAGGGCAGUAUUGGACUUGUUCUGUUUAACUCCAAGAACUAGUAGAAGUUGCAGAGAAUUGCAUGUUUGAAUAUCUUCCCAAGUCUCAGUUUUCUCCACUUUAAACAUCCCCAGUUGCUUCAACUAACUGUGUAUCACAUGAAGUCUAAGGCCCUUCAGAAUCCUGGAAGACCCACAGAUGCUUUCCACCUCUAAACACAUAACUGCAGAUGAAGUUAAUCAGAACCUAAGUAUGAAGACAUUGGUGCAUCCUUAGCCUUAGGAACUUUGCUUUUCAUGCAGGCCAAGACCACAUCAACUUUCUUGGUCAUCACAUCAUACUAGCUGAUCCAUAUUGAAUUUGUAAGGCCACUAAAACCCCAAGAUAGUUUUCAAACUGCUGUCUUGAUUGAGAUAGCAGUAAACUUGCCAUCAAGGCAAGGCUGGAUUCCUCCUCAACUCUUACAAGUUUGCUUAGGAGAGAUUUCUCUGAAUCUUCCCUUUUUAGGUUGUAAGCAACUGGAAGUUAUUAAUUUGGAGAAGAUUUUGGAAUGAUAAUAGAGACCUAAGGUUAUUAAGUAUGGCCCAAACUUUAAUAGCCUGUCCUGUCCUGACUGAAGAAUCUGAAGAUUUCAGUAGGAGUGAACUGAGUUCAUUUAAGAACAUAUUCUGUAGAUAGAGCCUUUUCCCAGGCUCCAAGAGGAUUGGGAAUAAAAGGGGGUCACAGUUGA